CUAUCUGUAUAUAUACAUAUUAUACUAGGGUUUUGGAACGAUAGUUAUUACAUCAUCAUCAGAAGAAUCUCGAUGUGCCGCUGGUUUAGCGGCUUUGUUGAUUAAUUCAUUAAUUAGGGUUUUUGUAUUUCAUAUAUACAUACAUAUAUCUGUAUCUAUAUAUAUAUAUAUUUAUAUAUCUGUAUAUAUAGAUAUUUGUGUAGAAUUGAUGAAAUUGAUGGCAUUAGGAGAUUUAAUGGAAUCUAGGUUUUCGCAACAUUCGCAUUCUCAUGCUCAUAUAAGUAGUGUGUAUCGGACGAGUUCGAUUGAUUCGUCGCAGUAUAAUGUUAAUGUUAAUGUUGUUCAAGAUGUAAUUGUGGAUGCUGAUAGGGAUAGAGAAAGGGAUAGAGAUAGGGAUAGUAGUUCGGAAUCGGUUGUUGGAGUGCAACGAAGGGAAGAUUCCGAGACGGUUGUUAGUAGUAAUAUUAGUUAUGGAAAUGUGAAUGGGAAUGGGAUUGCAGCUACAACAAGUAUGGCUUAUUUGCCUCAAAAUAUUGUUUUGUCUGAGCUUAGACAUGAUGCUUUUGAAGCUUGUACUCCUUCGGGUCCUGCUGAAAGUGGGUUGGUUUCGAAAUGGCGACCUAAAGAUCGGAUGAAAACAGGAUGUGUUGCUCUAGUUUUAUGUUUGAAUAUCAGUGUGGACCCACCUGAUGUUAUAAAGAUCUCACCUUGUGCCAGAAUGGAGUGCUGGAUAGAUCCAUUCUCUAUGGCCCCACAAAAAGCACUUGAUACAAUUGGGAAAACAUUGAGUUUUCAGUAUGAAAGGUGGCAACCCAAGGCCAAAUACAAGACGCAGUUAGAUCCAACUGUGGAAGAAGUGAAGAAACUGUGUACUACAUGUCGCAAGUAUGCCAAAUCUGAAAGAGUUUUAUUCCAUUACAAUGGUCAUGGCGUACCUAAGCCAACUGCCAAUGGUGAAAUUUGGUUUUUUAACAGGAGUUAUACACAGUAUAUUCCUUUGCCUAUCAGCGACCUUGACUCAUGGUUGAAGACUCCAUCCAUAUAUGUGUUUGAUUGCUCUGCUGCUGGGAUGAUUGUUAAUGCUUUUAUAGAGCUCCAGGAUUGGAACCUCGCAAGCUCUUCUGGAAGUUCACCACGAGACUGUAUUCUUCUUGCAGCUUGUGAGGCUCAUGAGACCCUUCCACAAAGUCACGAGUUUCCUGCUGAUGUGUUUACUUCAUGUCUCACGACUCCUAUCAAGAUCGCAUUGAGAUGGUUCUGCACCCGUUCGUUACUACACGAGUCACUUGAUUACUCGCUUAUAGACCGAAUACCUGGCCGUCAAACUGACCGUAAGACACUUCUUGGUGAGCUGAACUGGAUUUUUACUGCCGUUACAGACACAAUUGCCUGGAAUGUUCUUCCACAUGAUUUAUUUCAAAGAUUAUUCAGGCAAGAUCUGUUGGUCGCUAGUUUGUUUCGGAACUUUUUACUUGCAGAAAGAAUUAUGCGUUCUGCAAAUUGUUCACCUGUAUCUUAUCCAAUGCUGCCUCCAACUCAUCAACACCAUAUGUGGGAUGCAUGGGACAUGGCAGCUGAAAUCUGCCUUUCCCAGCUCCCAUCGUUGCUUGAGGAUCCUAAUGCGGAAUUUCAGCCAAGUCCGUUUUUCACGGAACAAUUAACCGCAUUUGAGGUGUGGCUAGAUCAUGGGUCUGAACACAAGAAACCACCUGAACAGUUGCCUAUUGUUCUUCAGGUUUUACUCAGUCAAUGCCAUAGGUUUCGUGCUCUUGUGCUUCUUGGAAGAUUUCUUGAUAUGGGUCCAUGGGCUGUUGAUUUGGCUUUGUCGGUUGGAAUAUUUCCAUAUGUCCUGAAGCUAUUACAAACAACUACACCUGAACUUCGACAAAUUCUUGUGUUUAUCUGGACAAAGAUCCUAGCGCUUGAUAAGUCAUGCCAGGUGGAUCUGGUGAAGGAUGGUGGCCACACAUAUUUUAUCAGGUUUUUGGAUAGUGUGGAAGCAUACCCUGAACAACGGGCUAUGGCUGCAUUUGUUUUGACUGUCAUUGUGGAUGGACAUCGAAAGGGUCAAGAAGCGUGUAUUGAAGCUAACUUAAUCCAUGUGUGCUUGAGACAUCUUCAAGGCGGUUCAGCCCCGAAUGACACACAAACUGAGCCACUGUUUUUACAGUGGUUAUGUCUUUGUCUGGGAAAGCUGUGGGAAGAUUUCACAGAAGCACAGAUAAUAGGCCUGCAGGCUAAUGCUCCUACUAUAUUUUCACUUCUACUAUCCGAGCCCCAACCUGAGGUUAGGGCUUCUGCUGUUUUUGCGUUAGGCACUUUACUUGAUGUUGGAUUUGAUUCAUCUAGAGAUGUCGGAGAUGAUGAACGUGAUGAUGAUGAAAAAGUUGGGGCUGAAAUUAGUAUUGUUAAAAGCCUUUUAAAUGUUGUUUCAGAUGGAAGUCCGUUGGUCAGGGCUGAGCUGGCAGUAGCUCUUUCACGGUUUGCAUUUGGACAUAAUCGACAUCUGAAAUCUAUUGCUGCUGCAUAUUGGAAACCACAGUCUAACUCCGUAUUAAGCUCCCUGCCUUCAUUUACUGUCAGGAGUUCAGUUAGUGGCUACAAUACUCCUAACCAGUAUUCACAAAUUGGUCCUCUUUCAAGAGUGGGUGUUGACAGCCAACCUGCUUCAAGAGACGGCCGGGUUUCUUCUAGCAGCCCUCUUGCUACAUCCGGGAUAAUGCAUGGCUCACCACUAUCCGAUGACUCAUCACAGCACUCCGACACUGGCCUGCUGAAUGACUGCGUUACAAAUGGUGUCGUGAACCACACGAAACCCCGACAGUUAGACAAUGCCUUGUAUUCACAAUGUGUAUCCGCCAUGUGCACAUUAGCAAAGGACCCUUCACCACGCAUUUCAGGUUUGGGCCGACGUGUUCUUUCCAUUAUUGGGAUUGAACAAGUGGUAACGAAGCCUGCCAAACCCAACUCUGGCGGUUCACGGGUGGGUGAAUCUUCUGCUGCCGCAAAUAGUUUUGCUGGAUUAGCUCGUUCAUCUUCUUGGUUUGAUAUGAAUGGAGGUACAGGUCAUCUACCGUUGACAUUCAGAACUCCUCCUGUUAGUCCUCCAAGACCAAGUUACUUGACAGGAUUAGGAAUGCGGAGGGUGUGUUCUCUUGAGUUCAGGCCACAUUUAAUGGAUUCGGGGCUAGCCGACCCUCUUUUAGGUUGCCCAGGAGGUUCAGGGUCUUCAGAACGCAGUUUUCUUCCCCAAUCAACCAUUUAUAACUGGAGCUGUAGUCAUUUUUCAAAACCGCUUCUUACAGCAACUGAUGGUACUGAAGAAGUUCAAGCUAGACGUGAAGACCGUGAAAAGUUUGCUCUUGAACACAUCACCAAGUGCCAACAUUCUUCUGGUAGUAGUCUUCACAAUCCAAUUGCUCGAUGGGACACAAAAUUUGAGACUGGAGCUAGAACAGCUUUGCUGCAACCUUUUUCCCCAUUAGUAGUUGCUGCAGAUGAGGGUGAAUGCAUCAGAGUUUGGAACUACGAGGAAGCAACAUUGCUUAACAGUUUCAACAAUCAUGAUAAUCCUGACAAAGGGAUAUCAAAACUAUGCUUGGUGAAUGAGCUUGAUGAAAGCUUACUGCUUGUUGGCUCGAGUGAUGGAAGUGUACGCAUAUGGAAAGAUUACACUUCUAAGGGUAAAGAGAAACUUGUAACUGCCUUCUCUGCUAUUCAUGGUCAUAGACCUGGUGUUAGGAGUGUCAGUGCGGUUGUUGAUUGGCAGCAGCAGUCUGGCUAUAUGUAUGCUUCUGGUGAAAUUUCAUCGACCAUGGUUUGGGACCUGGAUAAAGAGCAACUUUUGAGUUCUAUUCCUCUAGCAUCAGAUUGCAGCAUUUCGGCACUGGCUGCUUCUCAAGUUCAUGGUGGUCAAUAUGCAGCUGGCUUUGUAGAUGGUUCUGUCAGACUAUAUGAUAUCCGAACACCUGAUGGGCUUGUUUGUGUCACCCGACCGCACACUCAUAGGGUAGAUAGAGUUGGCGGUAUAGAACGAGUUGUGGGAAUUGGCUUUCAACCUGGACUUGAACCAGCUAAGAUUGUGAGUGCAUCUCAAGCAGGAGAUAUUCAAUUUUUUGAUAUCAGAAAUCAAAGUGAUGCCUACUUGACCAUCGAAGCUCACCGUGGCUCAUUGACGGCUCUAGCCAUUCACAGGCAUGCACCCCUUAUAGCCAGUGGCUCAGCCAAACAAUUGAUCAAAGUCUUCAAUCUUGAAGGUGAUCAAUUGGGUACCAUUCGAUACUCUCCAACAUUUAUGGCCCAAAAAAUAGGAUCUGUAAGUUGUCUAGCUUUCCACCCCUAUCAAAUCUUAUUGGCAGCCGGGGCUGCCGAUGCCUGUGUUUCCAUCUAUGCUGAUGAAAUAUUGCCACCAAGAUAAACUGCACAUUCUGGCGGAAUUCCCCUCUCAUAGCCUGACUUUUAUACAUUGAAGAAAAGGAUCAGGCUGACGGGGAGUCGAAAUAUACAUUCGUUAAGCUUCCUGGGUAAAGACGGCUCAUGAGUCGAAAAAUUCAAGUAUAUUUGGUGGAGGCUUCAGCAAAUAAUCCUGAUGAUACAUAGGUACAAAAAAUGGUGUAAAUAUUUUGUUUUCUCUAAGAAAGUUUUUUUGUUUAGCGUGUGUUUCUAUUCCUCAACAGUCCUGCUCUCUAAUUUGUAAAAAUGCCCUUCUAUCCCCUCCUUUUUAAAUCUUGCAUUUAUAUAUAAUUGAAAUUGAAAUUCCUUGUGAUUAUGGUAAGCUCUUGAGUUUGUUUU